AAAAAAAGUUCAACUUCCGAGUAUAAAAGUACCCGGAUCUUCCUCUGCGCUCUCCAGCCCAUCCAGCCCCAUGUUGUUAUGCGGUGCGUGUUUAUCCUAGACAUUACGCGAUUGUGAUCCUUUCAAACAUUGACGGUUUUACCAUAGGCCGUGAACGCAGCAUGACACAACAACGAAGAUGGCGUGUUGUGGGAACUGUUUUUGUUGCCAAUGUUGCUGCAGAGAAGAAGAGACGCGGACACCCGAGGAACUGACAAUCCUUGGGGAAAUCCUGGAUGAAGAAGAUGAGAUUCUACCCAGGAAAGAUUACGAGAGCUUGGACUAUGACCGCUGCAUCAGUGAGCCAUAUGUGGAAGUUCUGGAGGGGAUGGACAACAAGAAAGCCAAAAAGUAUGAAGCAGUACGGUGGAUCAUGAUGUUCGCUAUCGGAGUCACAGUGGGUCUGGUGGGCCUGUUUGUGGAUUUCUUUGUGCGCCUCUUCAGCAAAAUCAAAUUCACUCUGGUCGGUGAUUCUAUAGAGAAAUGCAGCGAAAGCGGCUGUCUCCCUCUGUCUCUGCUGGAGCUCCUGGCAUUCAACAUGACCUUUAUCUUCAUCGCCAGCGUGCUCGUCCUCAUCGAGCCAGUAGCUGCAGGUUCGGGGAUCCCAGAAAUCAAAAGUUACUUGAACGGAGUGAAGAUUCCAGGAAUCGUCCGGCUGAGAACUUUCCUCUGCAAAGCUGCUGGAGUCCUGUUCAGUGUGGCUGGAGGUCUGUUUGUGGGGAAAGAAGGUCCAAUGAUACACAGUGGAGCCAUUGUGGGAGCCGGCCUUCCUCAGUUUCAGAGCAUCACUUUCAAGAGGAUCAAAAUAGAUUUCCCCUACUUCCGCAGUGACAGGGACAAGCGAGACUUUGUAUCAGCGGGUGCUGCUGCCGGAGUAGCUGCUGCCUUUGGUGCUCCUAUAGGGGGCACGCUCUUCAGUCUGGAGGAGGGCUCCUCUUUCUGGAACCAGGCCCUCACUUGGAAAGUGCUCUUCUGUUCCAUGUCGGCCACUUUCACUCUCAACUUCUUCCGUUCUGGGAUUAACUUCAACAAGUGGGGCUCCUUCCAGCUGCCUGGUCUGCUCAACUUUGGAGAGUUCAAGUGUCCAGAUGGAGAUAAGAACUGCCACCUGUGGACAGUAGUGGACCUGGCCUUCUUUGUCCUGAUGGGGGUGGUGGGUGGCCUGCUGGGGGCGCUCUUCAACUGCAUGAACAAGAGCCUGUCCAAGUACCGCAUAAAACACAUCCACCCCAAGGCCAAGUUCAUCAGAGUUCUAGAGAGUCUGCUGGUUGCCAUGGUGACAACAGUGGUGAUAUUUGCAGCUUCCAUACUGUUGGGCGAAUGUCGUGACCUGUCCUCCCACCCAAACCAUAACACCACGGUGUCUGGCAGUGAGGACAUCAACUCAACCAUUCGCCAGUUCUUCUGCACCAACAAGACCUACAAUGACAUGGCCACGCUGUUCUUCAACCCACAAGAGGCUGCCAUCCACCAGCUCUUCCACCAGGAUGGUACCUUCAGCCCUGUGACUCUGUCAGUGUUCUUCCUGCUCUACUUCCUGUUGGCCUGCUGGACCUACGGCCUGUCUGUACCCAGCGGCCUCUUUGUCCCCUCACUGCUCUGUGGGGCGGCUUUUGGACGUCUGGUGGCCAACAUCCUCAAAGUGAAACUGGAAAUGGACAUCUACUCGGGGACCUUUGCUCUCAUUGGAGCUGCCGCUUUCCUCGGAGGCGUGGUCAGAAUGACGAUCAGUCUGACUGUCAUCCUCAUUGAAUCCACCAAUGAAAUCACAUACGGGCUGCCAAUCAUGAUCACUCUAAUGGUGGCGAAGUGGACUGGAGAUUUCUUCAACAAGGGCAUCUAUGACAUCCACAUCCAGCUGAAAGGAGUGCCACUGCUGGAGUGGGAGACUGAGAUUGAAAUGGACAAGCUGACAGCCAGUGAUAUCAUGGAGCCCAACUUGACCUAUGUGUACCCCCACACCCGGGUCCAGUCUCUAGUCAGCAUCCUGCGCACCACUGUCUACCACGCCUUCCCCGUGGUCACUGAAAACCGGCAGAACGAACGGGACUUCAUGAAGGGCAACAUCCUGGUCAGCAACAACAUCCGCUUCAAGAAAUCCAGCGUUUUGUCCCGUUCGGGGGAACAGCGGCGGCGCUGCCAGUCUAUGAAGUCGUACCCAUCCAGCGAACUGAGGAAUGUCUGUGACGAACACAACGCCGCGGUAGAGCCCGCAGAGGAAGGAGAGGACCUGCUGCAGCAGAUGUUAGAGAGGAGACAUGCUCCCUACCCCAACCUGUACCCGGAUCAGUCUCCUAGUGAGGAGUGGACCAUGGAAGAGCGCUUCAGACCGCUCACCUUCCACGGCCUCAUCCUGCGCUCCCAGCUGGUCAACCUGCUCAUCAGAGGGGUCUGCUACGCAGAAAACCAGUCGAGCGCCACUCAGCCCAGAUUGUCCUACGCCGAGAUGACUGAAGAUUACCCACGUUACCCUGACAUCCACGACUUGGACCUCGCCCUGCUCAACCCCCGCAUGAUAGUGGAUGUCACCCCCUACAUGAACCCGUGUCCCUACACAGUGUCGCCCAACACCCACAUCUCCCAGGUGUUCAACCUGUUCAGGACCAUGGGCCUGCGACACUUACCGGUGGUCAACGCUGUCGGAGAAAUUGUCGGAAUAAUCACAAGACAUAAUUUAACCCACGAGUUCCUUGUGGCCAAACUGCGGCAGCACUGCAUGACUAUUUGAGUCACUAUCUGGACGUUCUGCCUUCCCUCCAACCCAGACUCUGUUCAGCCUGGUCCUGGUCAUGGUCCUGGUCCUAGUCCUGAGCCUUUGUCUCUAUCCAUUCCUAAUAGCAUGCACACAUUCUCUGUGGUACAAUAGGGAAACACAGUUCUCCGGUAAGUGAAACCGUUCAGUUGUAUUUCACUCAAGUCUUGAGGAAUUGUCAGCCCUCCUCCAGCAUAGCCUCGGAUCCGCUGGCUUCAAUGGCGGUACUGGACUCAUAUACUAAGUGUACUGUCAUAAAGCCAUAUUUGACUUAACCAUGUUGAUCUGUAUAGAAAAAAGUUUUACAUGUCACAAAUAUCCCCCCCAAAUGACCCAUAUUGACGGCUGAUAAUUCAUGAACACUUGCUGUGCAUUCAGACUGUGAGCAACAGGUCCGACUUGCUCUCUUCUGACACAACAACAUUAAACCAUCUGAUAGCAUUAAGCUUGAAACAUUACUACAGUGUUAUAUCUCAGUGGUUUUCAAACAUUUCUUCCGCCAUGCGCUCCUUUCAGAGCUCCCCACCCAUGCAUCAACUAAUUUAGUUUUUAAUCAAUCAACCGUUUAAAUAGUGACAUAGUUGAGGAAACUGAUAAUAAAACGCGUUUCUUUCUUUUUUAAAAUCAGUUGAGCAAGAUAGCCUCGCUAGCAGCAGCACACUCUAGUUUCUUGAUUGUCCCAACAUGAAUCAUAUUGUUCACAAGUUCCGCUCCCCGUUUUUCACCCUGGUCAUCCACACGGAUAAAGAUAAAACUUGAAGACAACUGGAAAGAUGCCUUCAGUGAUGAGCUCGCUGUUUCUGCUGGUUGGAGACACGAUCGACAGAUCAGAGCUUUGGAAGUGGAAGCAAUGUAAAGAUGCAUUUCAGUUUCAACACAAUAAAUGUAAAAAUCUUAGAAGAAGAUAAGACUGUCUGCUGCAUCUGUGUCUUUGAGUGAAGACAUAAAGCUCCAGUGGCUUGUUGAUGGUGUUACUCACCGUUUGAAGGCAAUCUACCAAAAUGAAAAGGUUUUCCUUUGCUACCUUCAGGACCGAAUCUUUCUUUUGACCUUUUCAUUAUGCUUUAUGUUGUUGUCACUGUAGCACUUUUAAUUUUUGAUUGUUGUCUGUACAUUUUUAUUUACUGUGUAAGUAACUGGAAUAUAUAUUAUGCACUAAAGCAGGCCUGACAUCCCCUCACAGCCUGCGACUGAACUAGACCUCAGUAGUUCUUGGUAUAUUUUGCUCAGUGACCAUUUCAGGUGUCGUACGUACAUGUAACCACUCUAACCACAGUAAAAUACAUUAGGAUUGUUUUGCACUCAUGUUCAGUAGUAAUAUUUCAUUCAGUUAGUUCAGACUGUAUGUUUUACAGUUUCGGUUAAGUUGACCAAGGUUUUGUUAUGUAAUAGGGCAUUCCCCGUUUUAAUUAAAACCAAUGUGUAAAAUAUUUAAUGUUAGUUCUGGUCCAUUGUCUUAGUACAUUAUUUCAUUGCCCUAAAAGGGACUAAAAAUGUGAGUCGGAGCAAAGGAAAGUAAAAAGAAGUGUACCUUAAUUGAUGGACAUGAAGUCCACUGUAUGUCGGGUUGAUCACGAUGGCACAUAUAUGUACGUCAAACAUUCCUUAUUUGUUUCUUGUCUCUGCUUUAUGAUUUAUUUAAGAGAUUAUUUUUUAUACAAUUUAAGUUUUAUGAUUUGCUGCCUGUGCUGUGAACGAUUCAAUGUCAUAUAAUUGCAUUCCUAAAUGGACCAAGGCUGUCCUGGAUAAUAGUGUUUAUAGUCUAGGCAUUGCUCACUUGUUAUUUUAAAAUGAUGAUGAUAUUUUUAUGUUAUGCAUUCUAAAUACUACAUAUGGCAUGGCUGGUGGUGUGCAGAAUAUGAGAUUGAGAGAAACAGUGGACAGCACAUGUCCCUCUGUGAAGCCAGACCUGAAAGACUUUGUUUCAUAAGACUUCUGUGGAGAUAUUAGACAGCGUCCUGUGCUUGUUUAGGAAUUUGUAGUUUCUACAAAUGUAGAGAACUGGCACAUGGCGACAAAGCUGCAGCCAUGGAACAAAAAAGCAGAGAGACCUCUGUUUUGUGCCUUUACUAUUGUUCAAAUAAAGGUCCUUCUGUUUUGUCAAACAUA